AUGUCUCUCAAGGUUAUUCUUCUGAUCGCUGUCGCAAGUUUGGCUUGCGUACAUGGCUCAUUUGUUCAGGUUGCACCUAUUUCCCACCCACAGCCCUACAAAUUCGGGUAUGAUAUCAAGGAUCUGGACAGUCAACAAUAUCGAGAAGAAGCUGGUAAUGGAGCUGGUAUCGUGACUGGAAGUUACGGUUUCACGGAUGCUAAUGGUAUACAAAGACAAGUCAACUAUGUUGCUGACGAUGCUGGGUUUAGAGCUCAAGUCAAGACCAAUGAACCUGGCACAGCGAACCAAAAUCCUGCUAAUGUCGAACUUAUAUCCAAUACCCCUGUGGUCACUAAAGUGAUAAAACCUGUUGUUACUCCUCGCUUCGUACAGGUUCAUCCCACCGUCGGUCUUGGAGCCGUUAGAAGUCAAGUAUUGAAUAAUCAAAUCUUGAACAGAGGUAUUAAUACUAGAAUCUUAAACGCCGAUUUAUUGAACGGAGGUCUUAAUUACAAUAAUGUAAUAAACGGAGGAUUAGGGUUAAGUAACGUUAUUCUUGGUGGCCCAUCAUACGCUAAUUACCUGAAUGAUGGAACGAUCGUUUAUGGUAUACCAUUGGCUGGUGGAUCCAUUCAAGGCUACUAUGACAGACGUUAUUUAUAAUUAUCCUAUUUCUAAAAUUUUUGCAUAACCUGGUGUCUUGUUUCGCUGGACAUUCUCUUCUCUGGUGGAUUUGCAAGUUACAUUUUUGUAAAUAACUCUUUUCCUGCCGCUUUUCUGCUCAAUAGCUUGCUUUCUCUGAAGCGAAAACAAUGCCUUCACAUUUAAAGAGUUUGAAAGUUCUUUACGUUGCAAAUAUAUAUAGAAAUACAUAUCAGCUCAAUACUGAAAAGACUAUCAUCAACGUUCUAAAGCAGUUACUUCUAUUCUGAGCUAUAAGUUCAUGAAAUUUCUGUUUAUCUUUUUCUAUGCGCUGAUUUUGCUUUAACCUUUGAAUAUGAAUAAAGAUGUUUGAUGCUAUCGUA